AUGAAUCAUCCCCUUUUUGAUUUCCAAAUCCAGUCAUCAAUUUACUUGUUCUUUCUCUUUAUGGUUUUAAACCUUUCAAGAGAGAUGGAUAUUUUAACUAGUCAUAUUGAUCUAUCAGAUAACUACUUUUGGUACGCUAUCGCAGCGAUUGCAGGUACACCAACAUGGUGGAAUAUUGUAGCAAGACUUGAAUACAAGACUCGUUUCCUCACAAAGUUGGCUGGUGGAAAGUACGCUGCUUGUUAUGUACUUGCUUUUCUAAUCUUCACAUGUAGUUUAUUAAGAGACUACUUAUUUUCACAAUCAAUCAAGAAUCAACCAACCUAUUUAGGAUUUGAUAACAAUGUUGUAUUAUACAGUGCCUACUUGUUGUAUGUUAUUGGAGGUGUAUUGGUUGGAUCUACUUAUUGGCGUUUAGGUAUUACUGGUACCUAUUUGGGUGACUAUUGUGGUAUUUUGAUGAAGGAACGUAUCACUGGAUUCCCAUUCAACACAAUGGCCAACCCAAUGUACAAUGGUGCAUCUAUUUUGUUUUUGGCUCAUGCUCUUGUUGAAAAGAGUGUUGCUGGUGUCGUAUUGACAGCUGUCGUCUACAUUGUCUACAGAAUCGCCAUCCUCUUUGAAGAACCAUUCACCGGUCAAAUCUACGCUCAAAGAGAUGCAAAGCAAGGUCUCAAAAAGAAAAUGAAUAAAAUUAAUUAA